UGGUGUUCAGAGAGUGACACAGGCCCCCAUUCGAACCUGGCUGUCUUCUGUCUCAUAGAUGCUGCUGCUGCUGCUGCUGCCCCUGCUCUGGGAGGGGAUCCUGUCCCAGGGAGUGGAGGUACAGCCCUCGGUGACUGUGCAGGAGGGGAUGUGUGCCCAUGUCCCCUGCGCCUUCGACCACUAUGGACUGUCACCCAAUGGCCGCAACCCAGUUUAUGGCUACUGGUUCAGAGAAGGGAAUGAUGUUUUACGUGACAAUCCUGUGGCCACCAAUGACCCAUCGCGGAGGGUGGAGAAGCAAGCCCAGGGGAGAUUCCAUCUCUUUGGGGAUCCCAGGAUGAACAAUUGCUCUCUGAGCAUCACAGAUGCCCAAUUCUCAGACGGGGGGAAAUACUUCUUCCGUUUUGACUAUGCAUAUGAUAGAUACAGUUACCGUAAUGUGCCACUUCAUGUGACUGUGACAGACUUAAUCCAGAAACCAGACAUCUCUAUUCCAGAGAUCCUAGAGUCGGGGAACCCAGUAACUCUGAACUGUACAUUUCCUUGGGCCUGUGGAGAAAACAGGCCCUUCAAAUUAUCCUGGACAGGGGCUGUCCUCUCCUCCAAGCCACAAAGCUUUGGGGGAUCCCACUCCUCAGAGGUCUCCUUCAUCCCUGGGCAACAGCAUCAUGGCACCAACCUCACCUGUCAGGUGACCCUUCCUGGAGGCCGUUUGAGCACGAAGAGAACCAUCCAACUCAAUGUGUCCUACAUUAUGCAGAAUGUGUCCAUCAUCACUGCCCAGGACAGCAGCACAACAGUUUUCAUACUAGGAAACAGCUCAACUCUUAUGGUGCAGGAGGGACAGUCCCUUCACCUGCUCUGUGCUGCCAACAGCAAUCCCCCAGCUACACUGAGCUGGAUCUUGGGGAACCAAACCCUGGCCUCUUCCCAGCCCUCAGAUGAUGGAGUCCUGCACCUGGAUCUGCCCCACCUGGGGCCAGCAGAUGGAGGGAAAUACAUCUGCCUUGCUCAGCAUCCUCUGGACUCCAAGCAGGCCUCCCUGAGUGUCUCUGUGCAGUCUUUCUCUGCCCAGGGGAACAGCUCUUGGCCCCUGAUACUCACACUGCUCAGGGGAACCCUCAUGGUGGCUGGCUUUCUCCUCACCUAUGGCCUCACCUGGCUCUAUUACACUACUGUGACCAACACUGGCCUGUUCCUCCCACAGGAAGCCUCUAGGGAGGAAGCAGCCACCCGCUUCAGAAGUGGCCCAGUCAUCUCUGUGAUGGCUCUCGGGGCCUUGAACCCAGUCCAGACUUGCCUCCUGCGCCUUCCACUCAGUGGCCCCAGUUCUACCCUCAGGGACCCAGCAAGACAAGCUUCCUGGUUCAUCUUCCUCUUUGCCCUGAGCCUGACAGAGAUGUCCAGAGGGUGCCAUGGUGUUCAGGGAGUGACACAGGCCCGUGUUCAAACCUGGCUCUCUCCUGUCUCAUAGAUGCUGCUGCUGCUGCUGCCCCUGCUCUGGGAGGGGUGCUUGUCCCAGAGAUUGGAGGUGCAGCCCUCAGUGACUGUGCAGGAGGGGAUGUGCGCCCAUGUCCCCUGCAUAUUCAAUUACCACAAACUCUUACUUGAUGACAACAACCCAAUUUAUGGCUACUGGUUCAGAGAAGGAACUCAUGCUAUACGUGGCUGGCCUGUGGCCACCAAUGAGCCAUCUCAGAGGGUGGAGGAGCGAGCCCAGGGGAGAUUCCAUCUCCUUGGGGAUCCCAGAAUGAACAAUUGCUCUCUGAGCAUCACAGAUGCCCAAUUCUCAGACAGGGGAAAAUACUUCUUCCGCAUUGAAUAUGGAAAUGAGGGAUACAGUUUCCACAAUAUGCUGCUUUAUGUGAAUGUGACAGACUUGAUCCAGAAACCAGACAUCUCUAUUCCAGAGAUGCUAGAGUUGGGGAACCCAGUGACUCUGAACUGUACAUUUCCUUGGGCCUGUAGAGAAAACAGGCCUUCUAAAUUCUCCUGGAUGGGGGCUGCCCUCUCCUCCAGGCCAGAAAGCUCUGGGGCAUCUCACUCCUCAGAGAUCUUCUUCAUUCCUGGGCAGCAGCAUCAUGGCACCAACCUCACCUGUCAAGUGACCCUUCCUGGAGGCCGUUUGAGCACAGAGAGAACCAUCCAACUCCAUGUGUCCUAUGCUGUGCAGAAGGUGUCCAUCACCAUCACCCAGGACAGCAAGACAACAGUUUUCAUCCCAGCAAACAGCUCAACUCUUGUGGUGCAGGAGGGAGAGUCCCUUCACCUGCUCUGUGCUGCCAACAGCAGUCCCCCAGCUACACUGAGCUGGAUCCUGGGGGACCAAACCCUGGCCUCUUCCCAGACCUCAGAUGAUGGAGUCCUGCACCUGAAUCUGCCCCACCUGGGGCCAGCAGAUGGAGGGAAAUACAUCUGCCUUGCUCAGCAUCCUCUGGGCUCCAAGCAGGCCUCCCUGAACAUCUCUGUACAGUAUCCCCCAAGGAUGCUUAGUCCUUCUUGCUCCUGGGUCAAGGAGGGCUUGUCAUGUACCUGUUCUGUCCAAGCAGAUCCAACUCCCUCCUUGAGCUGGUGGGUAGGGGGGAAGCCUGUGGAGGGCAGUAGCAGUAGUGACACCUUUCAGGUGUUAUCCAGCAGGUCUGGGCCCUGGGCCAACAGCAGCCUGAGUAUGAAGGUGGACAGGGUCCCCAACAUCACUCUCAGCUGUGAGGGGAAGAACCCACAAGGAACUCACACCGUGCUCUUCCAGCUGGUUCCAGCCUUCUCUGCCCAGGAGAAUAGCUCUUGGGCCCUGAUGCUCACACUGCUUAGGGGAACCCUCAUGGGGGCUGGCUUUCUCCUCACCUAUGGCCUCACUUGGCUCUGUUACACCUGGAAGCCUCUAGGCAAGGAGCAGCCACCAGCUCUAGAAGUGGCCCAGUCAUUUCUGUGAUGGCUCUCCUGGCCUUGAACUCAGCCCAAACCUGUCUCCUGCCCCUUCCACUCAAUGGCCCCAACUCUGCCCUCAGGGACCUGGCAAGUCAAGUCUGACCUUCCAGCUACAGGACCAACCUCCAGGACUAGAAGGCAGUUCUCAGGUCUCCCCUAGGUCUCCUCUUCUCCUUCUGAACAGCUCCAGGCUUUUCUCUGAUUGGCCUCUGGCAUGAUCUCCUGGAUGGAGGGAGGAUUUCCAUACCCUAGGACUUUCUUCCCAGCAUGUGACAGAGCCCCCACAGCACUGAUACCCGGCCUUAGAAAGCCCCCUUAGUUGCCCACAGAGCACCCAGGGCCCAGGAGAUCCCUAUCAGCUGUCUUCAGAGCACCUAGAGCCUGAGAGAGCCCCACCAGCUUCCCACAGAGGACCCAUGGCCCAGGAGAUCCCCCUUAGCUGCCCGCAGAACACCCACAAACACACGAGGCUGCAGGAGGGUUUUUUUGAGCUAUUUUCUCCUGGGGUGACUUUGGACAUGUUCCUGGGCCUCAAUUCCAUAGCAGGCUCAGUCAAAGCAGGUCCCUGGAGCAGGAGUAUCCUGUUCCCUGUAUAAAACCAGGCAGGGCAGCAGAUGCAGAGUGGAGAGAGCUGAGAGGCCACUUUUUGUCUUCUAUAAAGGAAGGCUUUGGGAGGAGUUUGGCACUCUGCCUUCAGAGGGGAGAGGAGACUGAGGAGACCUCUUCAAACUCCCAGCCCACAAACCCAAGAUGUGAAUCCACAAAGCCCAAAUUCAGGCCUUGGGAAUCUGCUCCCCAGCUACUGUUUUGUGUGUUUUACCUUGAUGAAGUUUUCAAUGGGAAGCUCAGAAUUAGCUCAUUUCCAGGUCACUGCAGAUUGGAGUAAAGGAUGUCUUGUGCAAGUACCAAUAGUGCACCGAAGCAUACUUGAUAUAGGACAGCCUUCAUUUUAUCCCACAGACAAUGCAAAGGCUGUAAAGCAAUGAAAACAUGCCAUCGAUCAUUGAUAUUAAUAAUCUUUGCAUUUCCAUUGAUUCUCACCUUCCAUACAUGGUGUGGUCUUAUGGCGCAAUCCUAAUGGUUUAGGAUGUUCAGGAGUCAACCUCUGACAUUCUAAUGUGAAAAAUGGUGAUCAAUAACUAAAAAUUCAGGGGUGAGACAUUCAGAGCUCUCCCCUCUAAAGUACAGACUUUUAAGUUCAGUUCCUAAGGACAUUGCUGCUGAUGAAAUUGGGUUCCUUGUCCUAUUCAAGGACCCAUCCUGGUGGAAGCUCUCUCAUUCUGCUCAGGCUUGGGUGGGGUAUUGUAUCAGUAAGUCCUUCUUUGAAAUGAUAGCCUAAAGUCAUGGGGUCUCUGGUAGAGAGAUACUUUCCCUAUCCAAGAGAUCCCAAGCCCUUCAUUUUAAUAUAGCCCAUCUCCAAUCAGAUUAACCAGUGAGAUUUUAUUACUGUUUGAAGGGCAUAUAAACUGUGAAUCCAUCACCAUGAUUUUCUUUGGUCUCAGAGAGAGGCCAAAUGCCUAUCUUUUUACUAAUAACCUGCUGGCCUUGUUAAUAAAAUGAUUCAAUUACCCAGAAA